AUGAUUCGAUUUGAUUUAGUUUAUAAUUUUACAAAAAUAUCGAUACAGAGAGAGGAUAAUCAAGAUGAAUCUGAUGAUAGUGUUGCUCCUUGUAUACUUAAACCUAUUCCGAUAGGAGUUGCUUUAUUGGUAAUUCCUCUAACAAAUAUUACAAGUGACCGAAUUUAUGCCUGUAACUCAUUUUCUGAUUUAUUAUUAAGCAAUAAAUGGAUAACACAGGAUUUGGUCUUUCCUGAUAAUUUUCAAAAUGAUGAGGAUAAGGGAGCAAAAAUUUUACCUAAUGGAACUUAUUUAAUCCCACAAAACGAUUCAUCAAUGCAACCCACAAAACGAACAUUUCCAUUAACUAAAAAGUACGAACAUUUUAUAAAUAGAAAUCAAAUCAAUAAUAAAAUAUUAAUGAAACAACGAGACGAACCAACAUCUGUAAUUCCACAAGUUAUUUUAUUUACAUCGUUGAAUAAUGGAGAUCCUGGAAUUAAGGAACCAUUUAUGGUAGAUCAUAAUUUAUUCAAAAAUAUCAAAGUAGGCGUGACUUUGCUUCGUAAAGAUGAUAU